UAUCCAAUAGUUCUUCCCGUUUGUAUGUAAUAACACUUAAGGUUUUCUGGGCUAACGAUGUAAGAAAUACAUUUUUUUAAAAAAUACUGUACAGUUUCCUAAGGACUAGAAGCGAAGCUGCCAUCUUGCUUGAGUUAUUUUAAUGCAAAUGGGAUGGUUGUAAUAGUUAUGCAUUUGUCAGACAUACACCUUUCAGGCCAUCCGUAGCCCGCUCAAGAUUGGUCUCAGAUUCUUUUAUAGGCCUAGUUUAGUCCAUUCAUAUACACAAACUAUUGAUUUAUUUAACCUUUAUUUAACUAGGCAAGUCAGUUAAGAACAAAUUCUUCUUUACAACGACGGCCUACAUCGGCCAGACCCGGACAACGCUUGGCCAAUUAUUCGCCGCCCUAUGGGACUCCCAAUCACGGCCGGUUGUGAUACAGCCUGGAUUCGAACCAGGGUGUCUGUAGUGACACCUCUAGCACUGAGAUGCAGUGCCUUAGACCGCUGUGCCACUCAGGAGAUGCCUUUAGCACAGGUGUUUAAACUGAGUCAGGGUCUCAACUUACAAGUUCAAAUAGUAGAAUACACAAGGUGCAAUUUAGAAAUGUAGUUGUCCAUCAGCAGUUUCUCUCUGUCAGUCAAUUAUCCCCAGUCAGCUAACAGUUUUUAGAUAGCUGUACACUAAACUAACUUAGCAAUCUAAACUUGUAACUAUGGUCUAAAUACUGAUUUUGUUAGUCAGUCUCACUCAGAUUUCAUAUAAAAAAAACUGCAAAAAUACCUAUAAACCUUAUGCCAAUGUGUAGAAUUGCAGAAAAUUUGCUGUUAAACAGCAAAAUGUCCUCUCUGCAAAAUGAGUAGACUUGCAUGAAAUGUGUUAUCAAGUGCAAAAUCUCUUCUCUGCCCCAUGGCAAAAUGUGUACAAUUGCAGCAAAGAACUUUCUUUUAAAACUGCAACACUUUCUCUACACCAUGGCAAAAUGUGUAGAAUUGCACGAAACUAACAGCACUAAAAGGUUUACUCUCAAUGUGGAGGGGUUGUGGAUGUGAGUACUCGGACCCGUGAGCAUCUGAGGCCCCUCAUGAUGAGUUGCCCAUCCCUGCUUUAUUCAUGAAGGUGUCUUCUGGGGAAGUUUUGUUAAGAGCUCUGAUGCACUUUCUGAAUGUUAUCACGCAUUGCUUGCGGUACAGUUUUAGAAACGUAAGGACCAAUUUUUCAUCAGUGAGAAAUCAUUUUCAAAAAAACAAAGGUUAAACACCUUUUUGGGGGGUUAGUGUUCACACACGGCCAUAUCUACACGUUACAGCGCUUGUUUACGGAAGAUAAAGGUGAUCACUAGUGAGCUCAAACACCUGUGUGUAAGCGAACUGGGAAGUAAGUGUAGUUUGUCGGCUGGAGGCACACAGCCGUAUGUGCAAACCUGCUAAGGCAGCAGCAGGGAUUUUGUGCUAUGUUGGAGCCUACGUGUUCAUCACGUAUGAUGACUACGACCACUUCUUUGAAGAUGUGUACACCCUUAUCCCUGCUGUGACCAUAAUUGCAGUAGGAGGCCUUCUUUUCAUCAUCGGUCUUAUUGGAUGUUGUGCCACAAUACGAGAAAGCCGUUAUGGGCUUGCAGCGUUUGUCGUCCUUCUCCUGCUGGUGUUUGUGACGGAAGUGCUUGUGGUGGUUUUUGGUUAUAUUUACAGGUCAAAGGUUGAAGAUGAGGUCAAUCACUCUAUCCAGAAGGUGUACAAUGAGUACAAUGGCACCAACACAGAUGCUCCCAGCCGUGCCAUUGACUACGUGCAAAGACAGCUCCACUGUUGUGGGAUUCACAAUUACUCCGACUGGAGGAACACACGCUGGUUUAAUGAGUCUCGAAACAACAGUAUACCAGUGAGCUGCUGCAAACCUAACGUCAGCAACUGUACAGGCUCUCUAGCCCAUCCUGGAGACCUCUAUCCAGAGGGUUGUGAAGCCCUUGUUGUGAAGAAACUAAAGGAGAUUAUUAUGUAUGUCAUCUGGGCUGCACUGACGUUCGCUGCAAUUCAGGUAUUUGGGAUGCUGUGUGCCUUUGUUGUGCUGUGCCGGAGGAGCCGUGACCCUGCCUAUGAACUUCUCAUGACGGGGGGAACUUACGCAUAAGGACCCUACACUCUCACACCACACACACCUAGGCUCGUGGCUUUGUCAGUGGAGAGUGGUUCACUGGCUUGCCCAAGUUCAGGUCUCUACUGUAAGCUGAAAAUCUCCUCACACAGAGUGGCUCAUACUCCACAAUGGUGAAGUGGUGAAAAAACUAUUUAUUUACAUGCUAUGUAAGUUGAUGUUUUGUUUUAGGUGUCUUAUUAAAAACGCUACAAACCAAAUUCUAAAAGGCGAUUUUAAACACGUUUUUUUGUUUGUUUAAUUUGUUGCUCUGACUACUUACCCUUUUGUUGUUUGAGGUAGACAAGGAUGUGACUGAUGGACCUACUGUACGGAAUAUGUGGACUGAAUACUUUCCUCAUGUCUGUUUGCACUGUGUAUGGCCUUGGAAUAUUUUAUAACUAUUUAAAUCUAUCAUGUAAAUGACUGAGUUGAAGAUUCCUUUGUAUGAGGUUGCCUUGUGCUACUGCUUUGUUUGUGUCCAGAUCUCACCCUUCACCAGCACCAUUCUGUUUCUGAUAAGAAGCAGUAGAACUAUAGACUGUAGAUUAAUUACAGGCACUGGAUCGACCCACCAGGAAUGAGCAGUAACCAAAGUGCAGUCAAUUAUCUGGUCUGCUUUGUAAGAAUGUGGGCAUUUGAUUCAGUGCAUAAAACAGGCUUAUUUAGGAAUAAUCCACAUGCACUGUUACUGAGCUUUUGUUGUACUUUGUGUGGAGUUGAGCACACUAUUUAGGCCUAGUUUUAAAAUAGAUUUUAGCCAUGUACAGAAACGUAAACCAGAGAUGAAUGUAAAUAGAAUGGGGUAAAACUAACAAGGAAAUAAACUGUAUAUUCCAUCCAGAA